AUGGGAUUACCAAGAGGAGGCAGAGGAGGCUUCAACCCAAGAGGUGGCAGCAGAGGCGGAAGAGGAGGCCGUGGUGGCGGCCGUGGCGGUGGCCGCGGUGGCAGAGGCGGCAGAGGCGGCUUCGGAGGUAGAGGCGGCAGAGGUGGCCGUGGAGGCCGUGGUGGCGUUGGAAUGAGAGCAGGAAUCCAAGUCGUAGUUGAGCCUCAUGAACAAUUUGAGGGUGUUUUCAUUCUAAGAGGUAAAGAGGAUGCACUUUGUACCAAAAACUCUACUCCAGGAGAAAGUGUUUACAAUGAGAAGAGAGUGAGCGUUCCAGGAGAGGAAGGAGAGAAGACUGAAUAUAGAGUAUGGAACCCAUUUAGAUCAAAAAUCGCUGCAUCUAUUGUUGGAGGAGUUGAAAACAUUUUCAUUAAGCCAGGAUCUAAAGUGCUUUAUCUAGGUGCUGCUUCAGGAACUACCGUCUCACAUGUCUCUGAUUUGGUAGGACCAGAAGGAGCUGUCUAUGCUGUUGAAUUCAGUAAGAGAUCCGGAAGAGAUUUAGUAAAUAUGGCUAAAAAGAGAACUAAUGUUGUUCCCAUUAUCGAAGAUGCCAGACAUCCUAAAAAAUAUAGAAUGCUUGUUCCGAUGGUAGAUGUUGUUUUCGAAGAUGUUGCUCAGCCAGAUCAAUCAAGAAUUCUUGCACUCAAUGCUGAGAUGUUCUUAAAGAAUCGUGGACAUUUCGUGAUCUCCAUCAAGGCAAAUUGUGUAGAUUCCACAAAAGCUCCCCAACAUGUAUUUGCUGCUGAAGUACAAAAAAUGAGAGAAGCUAAAUUCAGACCAAUGGAACAAAUGACCUUAGAGCCUUAUGAAAGAGACCAUUGUGUUGUUGUUGGUAUGUACAGACCAAGUGCUGAAGAUUUCCCACAGGAUCACAAAUAAAUAACUAUCAUGCUUAAUAAGCUUUUUCUC